UUGAAACUUAAACGUACCGGAAAAGGAUUCUCAUAGGUGCGAAAGCAAAGAUGGCGGAAGAGGAGAACGAGUUUGAAGAAUUUGAGCAAAUAGACUUUUUAAGAGAUCGGCAUGUACGAUUCUUUCAGCGAACACUUCAGGUGUUACCUGAGAGAUACGCCUCGCUGGAAACGACCAGGUUGACCAUCGUGUUUUUCGCCCUGUCUGGUCUGGAUGUGCUGGAUGCCCUAGAUGUGAUUGAUCGGAACGUCAUGAUUGAGUACAUCUACUCACUACAGGUUCUGCCUACUGAGGAUCAAUCCAACCUAAGUCGAUGUGGGUUUCGGGGAUCAUCACAUAUUGGAAUCCCUUACAGCACUAAGGGCCCAGGUGUGCUCCAUCCAUAUGACAGUGGCCAUGUAGCUAUGACCUAUACUGGGCUGUGCUCACUGCUGAUACUUGGAGAUGACCUGAGCCGGGUUAACAAGCAGGCCUGUCUGGCUGGUCUGCGGGCACUGCAGCUGGAGGAUGGCAGUUUUUACGCAGUGCCAGAAGGAAGUGAGAAUGAUAUACGCUUUAUCUACUGUGCAGCCAGUAUCUGUUACAUGCUGGACAACUGGUCAGGCAUGGACAUCCAAAAGGCCAUUGAAUACAUCCGAGGAAGUUUGUCCUAUGACAGCGGGUUUGGCCAGGGAGCUGGGCGAGAGUCACAUGGCGGCUGGACGUACUGCGCUAUAGCCUCUCUGUGUCUGAUGGGUCGACUGGAGGAGGCGCUGAGUCAGCGGGAACUGGACCGGAUCCGGCGCUGGUGCAUCAUGAGGCAGCAGAGCGGUUUCCACGGCCGCCCGAACAAACCCGUAGAUACAUGCUACUCCUUUUGGGUGGGAGCUACUUUGGAGCUGUUAGAUGUGUUCCAGUAUACAAACUUUGAAAAGAACCGGAGCUUCAUCCUGUCCACGCAGGAUCGGUUGGUGGGCGGCUUCGCCAAAUGGCCAGACAGCCAUCCAGAUCCUCUUCAUGCAUACUUAGGGCUAUGUGGUCUGUCCCUGAUUGGAGAGCCCAAUCUGAGGAAGGUCCACCCCGGUCUUAACAUCACCCAGAGAGCCUUUCAGCACCUCCAACAGCUGCAGCAGACAUGGAGAGACAGCACCGACACCUGCGGACGUCAGCACUGAAAGCCGGAUGAACCACGGCGCUCCCUCUCAAUGGCUUCACUUAUCAGCAACGUCGAACAGUUACCAGUCAAGGAGGACUGGACUUGUUGAAGAGGUUUGGCCACUUACCAAGAGGCCAUCUCAUGUGAGGACUGAAGAACGCUCUUUUAAGACACUCGUUACAAAGCAGUAACUUUGUGGCGCUCACUUUAAAUCCAUCCAGUGCAACUCUUCCGUUAAGAGCCACACACCUCACGUUUUUUGCUGCCUUUUAUUUGCACAGUAGUCAAUAACGGUGUGGUUUGUGGUUCGUGGGAAUAAAAACGUGCCAGAAAGUCAAAUUUGAGCUGCUAAAAACUUGAAUUUUCUGAUGCCUCCAUUGUUCCAUUGAGUUUUUAGAUAAUGGCCUUUUGAGCUUUGCUGCUCAUCAUCAUUGUGAACAAUAUCUUCAUAGCCAAGGAUCAAAACUCUAAAUGUACAUGAGAAACAUUGUAAUAAGUGUUUAAGGGGGGAUCCCUGGAGGGCUGGGAGCAUCCACUUUUUAUCAGGUUUAUUUGCUAAGAUUAUGCUAUUGCUGAGUAGUGUCUCUAAAUUUUAAACAUAAUGGACAAUUUUAAGGUGUAAAUGUGAGAACUGUUAAGGUCUCCUUUUCAUUCAAAGACUUAAAGAAUUCGAAGCAUAGUCUCCUUUUCCUGCUUUUGCUUUUGCUUUUUGUUUUGUUGCCCUUGUAGCAUUUCCAUCCUGACAUUGCUUGUGAACCUCUUUAAAGCCUCAAGCUCUCAUGUCCCAAAGGUGAUACCAGGCCACGUUUACUCAUCUCCCAGUUUCACCACUGCAGGCUGUGUGCACUGAUCAAGAUUUAAAUUAAAGAGCGCCUGGUGUGAAAUUAAUGGAAAAGGUGAUUAUGGGUUUAGCUGCAGGCAAAUCAUUUUAGAAAAUAUCAUUCUUUGCCUGCAUUUUUCUCUGAAGGCUAACAGAAAAGAGAUUGAGCCUCUCCAGGGAGUUUGUUAAGAAGGGGAAAACCACCUUCUUUCCUGCAGAGGUAGUAGCUCCCGGUUGUGGCAGCAGACCCCAUCCUAACACCCCACAACUCCUGCAUCCUGACCUGUGCUCAUUCGCUAGCUUGCAUGCUCCCUGCAAGGCGCUAACCAGCCUGAAACCAGUAGGAAAAGAGGAGACAAUAGCACCAUAGCUUGAGGAAAUGUAUUCCUUUGAACAGUGCAGUUAUUUUCAGUGCAGAAAGGAUGCAAGGUAACAACAGAGAACAAUGAGCAUGAGCAGAAUGGACCACAGAGUGUUGGGAAACAGAAGCAAGUGUUAUCCCAACGAGCUACUUGCCCCCCCCCGAAAAUGUUCAUCACAAAGUUUUUAGCAGUGAUCUGACCCCAGACCCCCAAAUCACUGAGGCAGAGCUGUUAGGGUUUACUGCACAGGUGCUCAAAGGAACACCACUCACUUGUCAUUUAGGCAACCUUUUUGCCCUUUUACCCUUGACCCGAGGCAGAGAGUUUUAAAUUUCAAAAACAACCCUUAGAGUGACACGCGACACUGAGUUGAUCACAGCCGCCACCUCCUGCCCUCACUGAGGUUCUCUCAUUCCCAAAUAACCAUCUUCUCCCAGCCACAUCCUUUCAUACCGGCGUCGCCGUCUAAGCAAACACUGCCUGCAGUGGUUGCACCCUCACCGUAGACUGCAUACAACAGCCGUUCCCACAACCUUUUUCUUUUUAUCCCACCAUCUAAACUAAAGCCGGACCUGGCAUCAUCUCCCUUUCCUCCAAAUUGACCUCGUUUUCAGUUAAGGUUACAGACCAGGGAGACGGAGGAAAGGAGAGGUGAAUAAAUAAAUAAUUUGAGCCAUCUAUUAUUAAAAGUAAACCAAUGUAGGCUGACGUCUUCUCCUCGGCUCCCAACAAAGCCCUCAGUGUUAUAUAGCCUGGUUUUAGCGCAAAAUACAGCUAUUUUUUAGCCAAUGCUUUAUUAUCUUUCAUGUUUGCAUGCUUUUCCUAAAGCGACAGGCUUUGCUGCGGUUAUUCGUUGUUACUAUAGUAUCAUUUUUCCUAAGAUUUUGUUUCAAUGCAUCUUUUUCAGAUGUUGCAGUUCUUGAAUUAAGCCUUAGGUAAGUAAAGAAAGGAUCUGAAUUCAGAAAAAAAAGUAAUUUUCUUUUUUUAAAGUCAUCAUUAUAUUCUUGAAUCAAUGUGUUGUGAUUUGCUUUGUUCUGUAAGAAAGAAAACUGUUACUUCUGCUGCACCACUGUAGAGCCAGAUCCGGUGAAAUUUAAUGAUCUGCAUCUUAGGACGUCACUUCUACUUCCUAUACAGAUUCCUCAGGCCGUCCUCGGCCUGUCACUCGCUCAAAUUUGACUUUGAAAUGUGCCUCGUGCAGCGUCGUUUUGGGUCAUUGCUCUAUGAAUACUGCUGUUCUGUACAUGCAGCAUGGUUAAACUGGGUUAGGGAUGCUCCUUCUGUCAACAGACGCCCAGGAUAUUUUUCUUUCCUGGAGGAGAAGAAAGAGGAAGGAACCAUCUACUCUAAAUGCAUGUAAACUUACAGGAAGGGUAACGACUGCUCUCUAAACUCUUUGCUCCUCCCAUCUUUGUUAAAUGUGCUUAUACAAUCAGACUGAUGUACGAUCUGACUGAUGGAAGUGAUUUUUUACCGGAAUCUGUUUUUUGGGGUGUUUUGUUUUGUUUUUUCACUCUAACGCUCCCCGUGGACACUUUCUUUAAAAGCAUGAAAGAUUGGAUUAAUGGCUCUGCCACAUGACUGCAGAUGAAGGCUGUGUCUCAGCAGUUGUUAUUAGAGUCACCUGUUCUCUCCCCCGGUCGCAUCGCAGUCCACUCUGUCCCAAAACAGGUGGACGACGGCUUUGUGCUUUUAGCUGCAGUGAAAACUGUUUUCUUUCCGAGAUCCAGCAACAUGUGGUCAAACCAUAACCCCCUGCUUUGCCAUCAAUAAAUAUACAUAAUGUAAUAAUGAAUAAUGUAAGAAUAAAGGUAAUGAAAUUUAUUUUUUCUAUGCUUUGUAGAGAUAUUGAGUGUAGAUACACAUGUAAAUGUCUAUAAAUAUGUGACUUCUAUCGUGCAAGAGAGAACCAGGUUUACGGCGACGUGAGUGAGACUGUUAGAGGAACUGGAUAUGCAAAUGUUGGCAUGUGAUGUACUGUUUGUCUAUAGCUUUGAAUGAAAUGAUGUUGGCUCUGGCUUGGCAGUGCAAACUGUAUGUAUGGUAAAUAAAACCUGUACUAACUGUCUGAA